AUGUCGUUCAAUACCACCACUUCCCCAUUUCUGCUUACUGGCUUCCCAGGCAUGGAUAAGGCACAUCACUGGAUCUCCUUUCCAUUACUGGUGGUUUACAUCUCCAUACUUCUCGGUAAUGGCACCAUUCUCUUUCUCAUCAGAGAUGAUCACAACCUUCAUGAGCCCAUGUAUUAUUUCUUGGCUAUGUUGGCAGCUGCAGACCUUGGAGUAACAUUGACCACAAUGCCCACUGUUCUGGGAGUCCUGUGGUUGAAUCACAGAAAGAUUGGUCGUGCAGCCUGCUUCUUUCAGGCCUAUCUUAUUCAUACUCUUUCUAUCGUGGAGUCUGGUGUUUUGCUUGCCAUGGCCUAUGACCGUUUCGUUGCCAUCUGCCACCCCUUGAGGUAUACUUCCAUCCUUACCAACACUAGGGUAAUGAAGAUUGGGAUGGGAGUAUUGACAAGGGCCAGUCUAUCAAUUAUGCCAAUAAUUAUUCGCCUUCACUGGUUUCCCUAUUGUCGACAUCAUGUACUCUCUCAUGCUUUCUGUCUACACCAAGAUAUCAUAAAGUUAGCUUGUGCUAAUAUCACCUUCAAUCAUCUCUAUCCAGUUGUUCUUAUAUUUGCAACUGUUUUGUUGGACUUUUUUAUCAUCUCUUUUUCCUAUAUUUUGAUCCUCAAGACUGUCAUGGGUCUUGUUUCUGGAGAAGAAAGGGCCAAGGCUCUCAACACAUGUGUCUCCCACAUCGGCUGUAUCCUGGUCUUCUAUGUCACUGUAGUUGGUCUGACACUUAUCCAUAGAUUUGGAAGACAUGUUCCUCAUGUGGUCCACAUCACAAUGAGCUACAUUUAUUUCCUUUUCCCCCCUUUCAUGAACCCUGUCAUCUAUAGCAUUAAGACCCAGCAGAUCCAGAGAGGAAUCAUCCGCCUAUUCUCUCUGCCUCGUACUAGAGCAUAA